AUGGCCCCGAACAACACGUCAUAUUUAAUUGUCGGCGCCGGAGUGUUCGGUGUAUCGACCGCCUACCACCUGAUUCAGAAAUACCCCAAUGCGACCGUAACUUUGGUGGACCGAGAUGCAUACGAUGCCGAGUCUCGUGUGGCCGCCUCAUGGGAUUGGAACAAAGUCGUUCGUGCAGACUACGAUGACAUGACAUAUUGCAAAUUAGCUCUCGAAGCGCAGGAAAUCUUCAAGUCCGAUCCACUUUGGCAACCAUACUUUCAUCAGACGGGUGUCUAUUGGACAUGUCGCAGCGACUAUGCGCAAAACGUCAUCACCAAUCACAAGAAGCUUGGCCGCAACGACGAUAUCAUUGCCCUUCCGGUCGCCGAAGCUCGAAAGCUAUAUAACGGAAUUUUUGACAAUGCGGAUUAUACUGGGGUCAAAGAGGUUCUCAUCAAUCGGGCCAGUGGCUGGGCUGCUGCUGGAGACGCCCUUCGAGCAGUGACCAAAAAGUGCUUAGAUCUGGGAGUCAAGUAUGUCAAGGCUGAUAUUGCGACUUUGGAAUUUGAUGGUCGCGGCUCUUGCAUUGGCGUCAGGACGAGAGAUGGAGAUGUUCUAUCGGCUUCACGGGUCGUAAUUGCUGCCGGAGCGUUCACUCCCACCCUGUUGGAAUGGAGCGCUGCGAAGAGCGGCAACGGAGGUCUAAGAGCCGGUGAUCGUAUCUUGGCCGCUGGUAUCACGACAGGAAUGGCACAGCUUGACAAGGAGCAGUAUGAACGGUUCAAGGAUAUGCCUGUUGGUUUCCAAGGCUAUACACCGGAAGAGGGCAAGCCCUUCAUUGGCACCAUUCCUCCGACUAAGGAUGGAGAGUUGAAAUGGUGGGGUUCCAAGAUUUUUACAAACACUCGCGAGGUUCUACCAGGCCGCCACAUCUCCUCUCCUCCUCCCACGGAUGAUUACAACCAAUGGAAGGUUCCCGGACCUCUGAAGCAAGAUAUUGUCGAGUCAAGAAACUUGUGGUAUGGGCCUAAGAGCGCUGAAUGGAAGAUGACGAAGCACCGAAUUUGCUGGGACGCUUUUACCACUUCUGCCGACUUUAUUAUCUCUCCUCACCCCGCCUCCAAAGGGCUAUAUGUGGCAACCUGCGGCUCAUUCCACGGAUACAAGUUCUUCCCUGUGCUUGGAAAAUACAUCCUUCAAAUGAUUGAAGGUGAGCUGGAACCGGAGCUGGUUGAGAAAUGGGCAUGGGACCGACAGCGCCCUGAUUCAUCCCAAAAUGUUGAAUAUCCGAACGCGGAGAUGAAGCAUCUUCUGGAGCCCCCAGCGAAGCUCUAG